AUGGAAGAGCACACAUUUGGAGUUCAGCAGAUCCAACCCAAUGUCAUUUCUGUCCGUCUCUUCAAACGCAAAGUCGGGGGUCUGGGCUUCUUGGUGAAGGAGCGGGUCAGCAAGCCACCCGUUAUCAUCUCCGACCUGAUUCGAGGAGGUGCCGCGGAACAGAGCGGCCUUAUCCAAGCCGGAGACAUUAUUCUAGCCGUCAAUGGCCGGCCCCUGGUGGACCUCAGCUAUGACAGCGCCCUGGAGGUACUCAGGGGCAUUGCCUCUGAGACCCAUGUGGUCCUCAUUCUGAGGGGCCCCGAGGGCUUCACUACACACCUGGAGACCACCUUCACAGGAGACGGAACCCCCAAGACCAUCCGGGUGACCCAGCCCUUGGGUCCCCCCACCAAAGCUGUCGAUCUGUCCCACCAACCGUCAGGCAGCAAAGACCAGUCAUUAGCAGUAGGCAGGACCAUGGGUCCUGGUAAUGGGCCUCAGCAUGCCCAUGGCAAUGGACAGGAAGCUGGCUUAGUCUCCCAGGCUAAUGGUCUGGCCAUUGACCCUACAAUAAAAAGUACCAAGGCCAAUCUCCAGGACAGCGGGGAGCAUGAUGAACUGCUGAAAGAGAUAGAACCUGUGCUGAGCCUCCUCAACAGUGGAGGCAAGGCAAUCAACAGAGGUGGACCAGCCAAAGCAGAAAUGAAGGACACCGGUGUCCAGGUGGACAGAGACGGGGACAGCAAGCUGCACAAAGCUCUGCCGCUGGGCAGCGAGAACGACCGAGUCUUCAAUGACCUGUGGGGGAAGGGCAACGUCCCUGUGGUCCUCAACAACCCAUAUUCAGAGAAGGAUCAGCCCCCCACCUCGGGAAAGCAGUCCCCCACCAAGAAUGGCAGCCCUUCCAGGUGCCCCCGCUUCCUCAAGGUCAAGAACUGGGAGACAGAUGUGGUCCUCACAGACACUCUGCACCUCAAGAGUACAUUGGAAACGGGGUGCACAGAGCACAUCUGCAUGGGCUCUGUCAUGCUGCCAUCCCAGCACACGCGGAAGCCAGAAGAUGUCCGCACAAAGGAGCAGCUCUUCCCGCUAGCCAAAGAAUUUCUCGACCAAUACUACUCAUCCAUUAAAAGGUUUGGCUCCAAGGCGCACAUGGACAGGCUGGAGGAGGUGAACAAGGAGAUUGAAAGCACCAGCACCUACCAGCUCAAGGACACCGAGCUCAUCUACGGCGCCAAGCACGCCUGGCGGAAUGCCUCUCGAUGUGUGGGCAGGAUUCAGUGGUCCAAGCUGCAGGUGUUUGAUGCCAGAGACUGCACCACAGCCCACGGCAUGUUCAACUACAUCUGUAACCACGUCAAGUACGCCACCAACAAGGGGAACCUCAGGUCGGCCAUCACUAUAUUCCCCCAGAGGACAGACGGCAAGCAUGACUUCCGAGUGUGGAACUCACAGCUCAUCCGCUAUGCUGGCUACAAGCAACCCGAUGGCUCUACCUUGGGGGACCCUGCAAAUGUGCAGUUUACAGAGAUCUGUAUUCAGCAGGGCUGGAAGCCCCCGAGAGGCCGCUUCGAUGUCCUGCCGCUCCUGCUCCAGGCCAAUGGCAAUGACCCUGAGCUCUUCCAGAUCCCCCCAGAGCUGGUGCUGGAAGUUCCCAUCAGGCACCCCAAGUUUGACUGGUUUAAAGACCUGGGGCUCAAGUGGUAUGGCCUCCCUGCUGUGUCCAACAUGCUGCUAGAGAUUGGGGGCCUGGAGUUCAGCGCCUGUCCCUUCAGUGGCUGGUACAUGGGCACAGAGAUCGGCGUCCGUGACUACUGCGACAACUCUCGAUACAACAUCCUGGAGGAAGUAGCCAAGAAGAUGAACUUGGACAUGAGGAAGACAUCCUCCCUGUGGAAGGACCAGGCGUUGGUGGAGAUCAACAUUGCUGUUCUGUACAGCUUCCAGAGUGACAAGGUGACCAUCGUUGACCACCACUCUGCCACCGAGUCCUUCAUCAAACACAUGGAAAAUGAAUACCGCUGCAGAGGGGGCUGCCCUGCCGACUGGGUGUGGAUUGUGCCCCCCAUGUCGGGCAGCAUUACCCCCGUCUUCCACCAGGAGAUGCUCAACUAUCGACUCACCCCAUCCUUCGAAUACCAGCCUGACCCAUGGAACACGCACGUGUGGAAGGGUACCAAUGGGACCCCCACGAAGCGGCGAGCGAUUGGCUUCAAGAAAUUGGCAGAAGCCGUCAAGUUCUCUGCCAAGCUGAUGGGGCAGGCCAUGGCGAAGAGGGUCAAAGCAACGAUUCUCUACGCCACAGAGACAGGCAAAUCACAAGCCUACGCCAAGACCCUGUGCGAGAUUUUCAAGCACGCCUUUGAUGCCAAGGCCAUGUCCAUGGAGGAGUAUGACAUCGUGCACCUGGAGCACGAAGCCCUGGUCUUGGUGGUCACCAGCACCUUCGGCAAUGGAGACCCCCCUGAGAACGGGGAGAAAUUCGGCUGUGCUCUGAUGGAGAUGAGGCACCCGAACUCCAUGCAGGAGGAAAGGAAGUACCCGGAACCCUUGCAUUUCUUUCCCCGUAAAGGGCCUUCCCUGUCCCAUGCUAACCUUGAAGCCCACAGUCUGGUUGCUGUCCGUGACAACCAGCACAGGAGCUACAAGGUUCGAUUCAACAGUGUCUCCUCCUAUUCUGACUCCCGCAAGUCGUCAGGCGAUGGGCCCGACCUCAGGGACAACUUUGAAAGUACUGGACCCCUGGCCAAUGUGAGGUUCUCAGUAUUCGGCCUGGGCUCUCGGGCGUACCCUCACUUCUGCGCCUUCGGACACGCAGUGGACACCCUCCUGGAGGAGCUGGGAGGGGAGAGGAUUCUGAAGAUGAGGGAGGGGGAUGAGCUCUGCGGGCAGGAAGAGGCUUUCAGAACCUGGGCCAAGAAGGUCUUCAAGGCUGCCUGUGAUGUGUUCUGCGUGGGGGAUGACGUCAACAUCGAGAAGGCGAACAAUUCCCUCAUCAGCAACGACCGCAGCUGGAAGAGGAACAAGUUCCGCCUCACCUAUGUGGCGGAAGCUCCAGAGCUGACACAAGGUCUUUCCAAUGUGCACAAAAAGCGAGUCUCCGCUGCUCGAUUCCUUAGCCGCCAAAACCUGCAGAGCCCGACGUCCAGCCGAUCAACCAUCUUCGUGCGACUCCACACCAAUGGGAAUCAGGAGCUGCAGUACCAGCCAGGCGACCACCUAGGUGUCUUCCCUGGCAACCACGAGGACCUCGUGAAUGCCCUCAUUGAGCGGCUGGAGGAUGCGCCGCCUGCCAACCACAUGGUGAAGGUGGAGAUGCUGGAGGAGAGGAACACAGCUCUGGGCGUCAUCAGCAACUGGAAGGAUGAGCCUCGCCUCCCACCCUGCACCAUCUUCCAGGCCUUCAAGUACUACUUGGACAUCACCACGCCACCCACGCCCCUGCAGCUACAGCAGUUCGCCUCCCUGGCCACCAGCGAGAAAGAGAAGCAGCGGCUGCUGGUCCUCAGCAAGGGGCUGCAGGAAUAUGAGGAGUGGAAAUGGGGCAAGAACCCCACGAUGGUGGAGGUGCUGGAGGAGUUCCCGUCCAUCCAGAUGCCGGCCACACUUCUCCUCACCCAGCUGUCGCUGUUGCAGCCUCGUUACUACUCCAUCAGCUCCUCCCCAGACAUGUACCCCGACGAGGUGCACCUCACUGUGGCCAUUGUCUCCUACCACACCCGAGAUGGGGAAGGACCCAUUCACCACGGCGUGUGCUCCUCCUGGCUCAACCGGAUACAGGCGGAUGACGUAGUCCCCUGCUUCGUGAGAGGUGCCCCUAGCUUCCACCUGCCUCGAAAUCCCCAGGUCCCUUGCAUCCUGGUUGGCCCAGGCACUGGCAUUGCGCCCUUCCGAAGCUUCUGGCAACAGCGACAAUUUGACAUUCAACACAAAGGAAUGAAGCCCUGCCCCAUGGUCCUGGUUUUCGGGUGUCGACAAUCCAAGAUAGAUCAUAUCUACAGAGAGGAGACCCUGCAGGCCAAGAACAAGGGUGUCUUCCGAGAGCUGUAUACUGCCUAUUCCCGGGAACCUGACAGGCCAAAGAAAUACGUUCAGGACGUGCUGCAGGAGCAGCUGGCCGAGCCUGUGUACCGUGCCCUGAAGGAGCAAGGAGGCCACAUCUAUGUCUGUGGGGAUGUCACCAUGGCUGCCGAUGUCCUCAAAGCCAUCCAGCGCAUAAUGACCCAGCAGGGGAAGCUCUCAGAGGAGGAUGCUGGUGUGUUCAUCAGCAGACUGAGGGAUGACAACCGGUACCAUGAGGACAUCUUUGGAGUCACCCUGCGAACAUAUGAAGUGACCAACCGCCUUAGAUCUGAGUCCAUUGCCUUCAUUGAAGAGAGCAAAAAAGAUACAGAUGAUCAGAAUGGCUGUUUCCGGAGACUUCUCACUGUUUCUCCUCCAGACAGCUUGGCUGUCUCCAAACAUUCCCUGUCCACGCAGGUUACACUUCUGUUGCAUGUGCACACACUCACACCUGUGAAUCGGGUGCCUGCGGAGGCCAGAAGGGAGUGCUGGCUAGACCUGGAGUUAGAGGCAACCGUGAACUGCCACACAUGGGUGCUGGAAACCGAACUGGGUUCUCAGGAAGAACAGAACUCGGUGCCUCUGGGAAUCAGAGAGAGGGAGCUGUCCCCUCAGCCCAAUGUGCAGAGUGCACGCAUGCUUUUGUUUCCAGCACUUGAUCCCUCCUCUUCCUCCCCAGCUCCACCACAGCCUCAUCUUCUGGACCAGCUGAUUCUCCUGGAGAUCUUUAAGGCUGCCACUUCUCCCCUGCAGGAGCGCGCCCUCACCUCCGCCAUCUUUGUUUAA